AUGUCUAUUUACAGCGCUUCUACAACUGCUCCAGUCAACAUUGCUACUUUAAAAUACUGGGGUAAGAGAGAUAAGGUAUUGAAUCUACCAACAAACUCAUCUAUUUCCGUUACUUUGUCCCAAGAAGACCUACGUACUUUGACAACGGCUACCACUUCACCAGAUUUUGCAAAAGAUCAAUUGUGGUUGAACGGUAAGGAAGAGUCUCUAGCGAGCGAAAGAACCCAGCACUGUUUGCAAGAUUUGCGCCAAUUGAGACGUGAAUUGGAAGAAAAAGAUUCAUCAUUGCCAACUUUCUCUCAAUGGAAAUUGCACAUCGCAAGUGAAAACAAUUUCCCAACAGCCGCUGGUUUGGCAUCUUCAGCCGCUGGAUUUGCUGCGUUAAUUAAGGCUAUUGCCAAGCUGUACGAGCUCCCUCAAUCCGAAUCAGAACUUUCUAAGAUUGCUAGAAAGGGAUCUGGUUCUGCUUGCAGAUCUUUGUUUGGUGGUUACGUUGCCUGGGAAAUGGGUAAAUUGGAAGAUGGUAGUGAUAGUAAAGCUGUUGAAAUUGGCUCUUUGAAUCACUGGCCAGAAAUGAAGGCUGCUAUUUUAGUUGUUAGUGCUGACAAGAAGGAUACUCCUUCUACCAGCGGUAUGCAAUUGACUGUCAAAACAUCAGACCUAUUCCAGGAAAGAAUCAACAACGUGGUUCCUAAGAGAUUCGAACAAAUGAAGAAAUCUAUACUAGAAAAGGAUUUCCCAACUUUCGCGGAGUUGACAAUGAAAGAUUCCAACUCGUUCCAUGCCACUUGUCUCGAUUCUUACCCUCCUAUCUUCUACUUGAACGAUACAUCCAAGAAAGUCAUUAAACUUUGCCAUGCUAUCAAUGAAUUUUACAAUGAGACUGUGGUGGCCUAUACUUUUGAUGCUGGUCCAAAUGCAGUCUUGUACUAUUUGGAACAAAGUGAAGACAAACUAUUUGCAUUCCUGUACCAUCUGUUCCAAAACGUCUCAGGCUGGGAAUCUAAGUUCACCAAAGAACAACUAUCACAAUUCAAUGCUAAAUUCGAUGAAAUUAAGGAUGAUGUCUCUUUCUACUUGGACUCUGAACUACAUCAAGGUGUAACUAGAGUAAUUUUAACCAGAGUUGGCCCAGGUCCACAAGACACGGACUUAUCCUUAAUCGAUUCUGCGACCGGUUUGCCAAGUAACUAA